AUGGACUACGUAUUCGCACUGAAGAAGCAGGACCUCUCGGUCAACAUCGACAUGCACAAUGAGAGGAUCGAAGGGAGCACCACCAUGACCCUGGCCCUUUACAUGCCCAUUUAUUACCUUUUCGAUGUAGAAGAUUUUGGCAAGGUCAACUAUGACAUUAACAAAGUUCGAAUUAGGAGAGGCGCCUAUUGCUGUGAAGGGGGGGAUGGCCAAACGGGGGAAGAAGAAGAAGAAGAAGAAGAAGAAGAGGAGGAGGAGGAGGUGCAGGGGGAAGAUGGAGGGGGGGACGCCGUAGAUCCAGGGGAUGGAGAAACUACUGAGGGGAGAAGAGGUGAAGAAGAGGAGAGGUACAAGCAGGGGGAAUCCUCCAAUCUGGCUGAAACCCCCAGCUCCGCUGCGUUCGUCACCCACGGGAAGGGUGAGGAGCACGGAGGACAUGAAAGGCACAGCAAAGAUGGAAAACAUGAAAAGCACAGCAAAGAUGGAAAACAUGAAAAGCACAGCAAACACGGAAAGCACAGCAAACAUGAAAAGCACGGCAAACAUGGAAAGCACAGCAAACACGGAAAAAACAGAAAGCACAGGAAGCACUCCAAACACGGCGCGUUAAACGGAGGAGACCACCAGGAGGAGGCCCCGCGGGACGUGCCCCUGCUGGAGGACAAAGACUACGCCAAAUUUAUGAAGAGAAAAAAGGAAAAAAAAAUAUUCGUCGUUCUAGAAAUGCCACACAACAUCAACUCGAGUUCUUACCAGGAUGUUAAAAUGAAUGGAAGCGAACAGGAGAGGUACUACAUCAUAUAUAGCAGCUUGGGGCAUGGCAGCGAGCCCUAUGUUGAAGGUGACGCCGCGGGGGGGGCCAAUCAGAAGUAUGGCCAGCACGGUCAGCACGGUCGGCACGGUCAGCACGGCCGGCACGGUCAACAUGGUCAGCACGGCCGGCACGGUCAGCUCAGUGAAUACGGUCAGCACGACCAGCACGACCAGCACUGCCAUGAUAACUUGUAUAAACCGAUGGGAUACAGCGAGAACCCAGGCCAAGACGCAGGAGAGAUGAAGAGGAGCCCCCCAGACGGCAUAGCACCUGAUGGAGAAACAGAAAAGAAGGAAAACUCAAAGUUCAAGCUGAAGUUGAAGCAAAUCAAUUCUGCUCACUCCAAUGGACACAGUAAUGAAGAUGGAGAAGUCGCCCAGGGUUAUGGAUGCCCCCCCUGGGAAGACACCGAAAGGGGAAACGACCCAAUAGAAGAAGCAACACAUGAAAAACGAAAAGGGAAAAGAAAGGAAGAAACGGAAGAGGAAGGAGAAUACGAGUUUACCAAUAAUCAAAAGAGUAAACGUAUUCCUAACAUCCUAGACCUCGUGUCCUUAAACAAAUACACAGAGGAAAAUCACCUCAAGGGAAACAAUUACAUGUUUAUAUCAAUAAAUGACGAAGUAUGGAACAAGGAAAAGGAAAAAAAUUACAACAAUUGGAAAAAUUUCUGCCAAGGAGAAACAGUUACAGUAAAGAGGAAGGGAGAAUAUCACAUAAAAAUUAUAAUAGAAAUAAGUCUGACUUUUUCUUUCUUCAAUUUAUCAUCCUCCCGUAACAAUUUAUAUUUUAACAGGAGUGAAAAUUUACUAGUAGGAUUACAGAACUAUGCAUGUAACUGCACUUGGUUCCCAACUUUGUCAAAAAUGAACAGCAUUUAUGGGAGAUGUUCUUGGGGACUCCUCUUCAAAAUUGAAAAGCCCUACGUGGUUAUAUCGUCCAACAGUUUAAUAAAUGUGUACGAGGUUGGCAAUGCGAAUUUCUUUCUUUAUAAGUCCAGCAACCGUCAGGGCAAAUUGGCCCCCCAUGAGAUAUCUCUCUAUGCUGGUAGGUUCGAUUUCCUUCACUUGAAUAAUUUGAAUUUUAAAGAUUUCCAAAAAAUAAAUUACGAUUUUUUGUACAAAACGGAGAUGGGGUCCAGGAGUAACAAAUUCUAUUCCUUCGAUCAGUAUGGGAAGGCGAAGGGCAAAGGGGGGGGAGGUGCCUCGGGCAGAACGGAUAAGCUGGCCGAGGGUACGAUGCCGCCCUCCAGGGAGAACCUGUCCUCUGGGGGGAAAACCAAACGGAGGUCUUCAGCUAAGCGGUACUACGCCGACUCGGAGGGGAGCAGCGAGGACGCGAUUAAUGUGAUCAGCGCGGAGGGUGGGAGGAAUGAAGGCGGUGGGGAGAAUGCAGACGGUGGGGAGAAUGCAGACGGUGGGGAGAAUGCAGACGGUGGGGAGAAUGCAGACGGUGGGGAGAAUGCAGACGGUGAGAACAACCCGGACGGCGUGACCAACCCGGAUCACGGCGCCGCCCCCCCCACGAGCGAGUACCGCGAAAAAGCCAGCACGAAGAAGAAGGAGUGGUGCAGCUACUACGAACGAGUGAAGGAUAAAGUAGUGCCAAAUAUAUUCAUCUUCACCUUAAAAAAUUACAAAGAUCAAAUGGUGCACUCCAGUUAUCACGUAGGAUACGUACUGCGAAUAUUCCUCGAGAUCAGUAAAGAAAGCUUCCCCUUCGAUAACAUCAUGAUAUUAUUUCUGCCCCUAUCCUUUUUAAAUUUUGAGAAUUACCCCUCCUCGGAAAAUAUCGAAUGUUCUCUCAGUGCACACAUCUAUAACGAUAUGAAAAAUGGAUACAAUCUCUUCGCCAACAGUAACUUGUUAAAUGCAAAAUUAUCGGAGCCUUAUGUUUUUCUAGGCAAUAAUAAAUAUUUUAUUUUUGGAAACGUUAUCGUAUUUUCCACUCAAAUUCUGCACUCUCUGUAUGAUACCCUUUUUAACAUAAGUCUGUAUAGUUACAAAAUCGUCAUGGCAGAGGGGCUUCUCUCCCUUUGCUUUGAUCACUACGUGGAUGUAGUGAAGGACGAAAAUGUGCAUCUGGUUUAUAUGCUCAAGUGCCUAGUGCUGCAAAAGUACUUGGAACAAAUAUUCGGGAUUAUCGAAAUGAAUGUGAUUUUUUAUGAGCUGAGGGAGAGAUACUGCUCCCUCGUGGAACUCUUCGGUGAUGUGAAUUUGUUUUACCAUUGUAGUAUGGACAGGGGGAAGUCCUUCACGUCGACACGAGUGCGGAAGAUACAUACCUGGACAGCGUCAGCCCAUUCUAACGUUCCACUCAUGGGGGAUAAUAUCCCCAUGCACAGCCGAUCCCCCUAUGUGCUGAACCACCUGUUCUUCCUUAAAGCGUUCCUCUGUGUCCGAAUUUUUUUUAACAUAUUGAAGAGCUUCUCCUUCUGUGCGACCAUUCAGCAAUACUGCUUUUCGCUUUUUUUUUCCUACCUCAAGCGGAAGGGACGGGUGAUCAGUUCGUCCAAGUUUUGGAAGCAGGUCCUUGCCGAGUGCACCCGCAGGUACAUCGAAAGCUACAAGCAGCUCCCCAAAAACAAGUUCAAAAUGAAGAAAAUCGAUCUGCACGUCAACUCCAGAGAACUCAGGACAGAAGAACACGAGCAGUACCAACUCCUCGAAAAAUAUUUCUCGCAAUUCCUACAAACGUAUAUUAAGGGCUACGGGGUCUGUCAGUACAUCCUAGCAUUCAACGUACACCUACAGAGAAAGGGGACUUCCAUGGAUAGCUUCAAUUUUCUUGUCAGCCAAAACUCCAUCAACCCCUUCAGCUUUGUGAAUGAGAAUUUCCACUCCGCGUACUUCCUUGCAGAGAUGGCAUCCACUAGUGUAUACAACCUCCUGGAGCUGAAUAAGCACAUCGAUUCGAAGAACGAUACACAUGGGGGGAAGCACAACAGUCGAAGGAAUAAACUAAUUAUGCACGAUUAUCUUGACAGGAUAUACUACGAUAAGCUGUACGAAAAGGGGUCCCCAAAUGAUUAUUUCCGCCAUGAUUUGGAGAAACACUUCCUCUCAUUUUUAAAGCAAAAAAAAAACCUCCAGACAGACCACUUUUAUGAAUAUCGUGAGGACCUGCUUAGCAGGAAGGCUAACGAUUUGCUAAAUAGAUACGUCAUGAAGAGGAAGCGUAAAAGUUUCUCCUUCCUCCCGGGUGCCACGCUUAGGAAGCUGGCGCUCACCGGCAAGAUGGACACCACGCGCAGUAGCAGAGUUAUCAGGGGGAGAAACCCCAUCGGGUAUGUUCCCAAGAAGGAGGAACAGGAACUAGGCGAACGGGCAGUCACAACCCACCUGCAGAGUGAAAACGAAGCUAAUUGGUCUAGUGCAAAUCGCCACACGGAAGGCUUCAUCGAAGGUGACACCCAGAAUGACCAAGCGGGGGGCGCUCUUUACGGACGAACUGUGGAUAGUGAAAGGCUCACCAGUGAAGUGCCUCCCAAUGAAGUACACCCCAACGAAGUACACCCCAACGAAGUACACCCCAACGAAGUACACCCCAACGAAGUACACCCCAACGAAGUACACCCCAACGAAGUACACCCCAGUGAAGUACACCCCAGUGAAGAGGAAGGCGAAAUGAACAUUUUUGGCCAGCGGGACUACGCGGGGGGGAAGCUCCACGCGGCCAAGCAGAGGAGAAAGAAGCAGAAAAAGGAGAGGGAAAAAAAGGAGAGGAAAAAAGACAGACACGGGGGGAGCCGCCACGACGCGGACCGACACAGGCACAGGCAGAGAAAGAAGCGGAAAAAAAUGGACACAAUGGAGGGUGUGCAAAAAGUGGAAAGGGUGGAAAGCAUAGAAAAUGUGGAAAGCAUAGAAAAUGUGGGAGGCGUAGAAAAUGUGGGAGGCGUAGAAAAUGUGGGAGGCGUAGAAAACGUGGAAAACUGGGAAAACCUGGAAAGCGUGGAAAACCUGGAGAGCGUAGAAAGCGUGGACCAAGCGGAGGGGGCGAGAGGUGUGCCGAACGGUGGAGAAAACGACGAGGAGGAAGAAGAGGAAGCGCAGCGGUGGGGGCGACAUGGCGGAGACGUGAAUGCCCUCCAUCACCCACAUUACGGCACGCUCGAGAGUACCACUAGCAUCAAUUUUGACUGCCCGUACGCAGGGGAUGUGAUGGAAGGGGGAGCAACCGCCCUGCCGUACGACUCCAUCGUGGGUGAGGGAGUGUCAGUGGGGAAGGCCCAGUGGAAGCCCAAAGGGGAGUACAUAGAUAGGAUAAGCGAAAUGGAGGGUGGCGUAGCGAUGGGUGCGGUGGGUGCGGCUGGUGUAGCGGCUGCUGUAGUGACGGACGCACCUGCCAACCCAGCGAGGGACCCACCUGACGGAGACGAAUCGAAGAAGGAAAAGAAAAAAAAAAGGGAAAAGCACAAGAUCAAGAAAAGCAAGGAAAAGGAAAAGAUAAAAAACCUGAGGAAUCUCCUCCUGAACAACAAGCUAUACGCGGAGAACUACCUUAACCCAUAUGUGGCCAAUAACAUGCCGAUCUCUGUAGACGAAAAUAAAUUUUUCUUUUGCUUGUUGAAGAUAGAAAUUGUGGAGGAUGACGGAGUAAGAGUUGUCAAAAAAAAUUUACUCGAAAACGUCACUCCGAUCCGAUUUAGUGUAAACGCCAGACCAGAAAAGGGAAGGAAAAAGGUGGCCUUUAAACAUGAUUCCAUAUAUAUGUCCAAGCAUGAAGAAUACGUGAACAGAAAUUCGAUUGAUGCAAUGGAGAGCUAUAUGAACGAAACGGUUAAGUUUAUUGGCGUCACAAAUGACAGCGACAAGCACAUGAUUGAGUAUUGUAAGCAGAAGGUCCUGAAGAAGGACAAGUCCUUGAUGUGUCUAGAUAACAGAAAAUUAGUUGCCAAAAUUUGCAGCAAAGGGAAGAUUCCCCUACUUUGGAUUCGAAUCGAUAAUGAUUUUUCAAUCCUGGGGAGAAUUAGAAGAACACAAAGUGCCAGUAUGUGGAUUCAGCAGCUGUUCAAUGACAACAAUGUCUUCGCGCAGCUCGAGUCAUCCUUCGCCUUGGCCUUUAUCCCCUUCUUUUUCCUCCAGAAGAAUGUAGCAGGGGUAGAGGCGGCGGUGGGGGGAGCAGCGGCAGUAGGAGCGGGAGUUGGAGUAGGAACGGGAGUAGGACCUGGAAUAGCACCUGGAGUAGCACCUGCAGUAGGAGCUGCAGUAGAAGCGGGAGUGGGAGCAGUGGAUUACAAGACCGAUCAAGGCACCCACGCAGAUGGCACACUCGGCAUAAAUAUGCAUGCCCAUGCUGUAGAGGCCGCCAACUCGGGAACAAACCCACCAAACGAUGUUGCAAAUAGCGGAGGAAACAUCGGAGAAGACUCCAUGCAGUUCAUCCAAUCAGUACUCAGCAAAAACAAAAGUGGCAAGCACAAAAAUAAUGACGUCCACUUGGGGAAUACCCCAUUCAAUGUUGCAUCUGGUGCCACUCUAGAUAGUCAACUCUUAAACGAUAGCUAUGACGUUGCACAUGGAGAAGGAAAAAGUCCUCACAAGAAUCACAUGCUCAAUCGGGAAGUUAAUGCCAACUCUAAGGUGAAUGAAAACAAUAUGGGAGACCACCACAACUCGAAAGGGAUAAUAAAUAACAUCGUGAAUGCCAACUAUGCAAGUUACGCAGCUGAGGAGGAAGAAGAAGAAGACACCGCUUUGGAACUACCCAGCAGUGGCAACUAUGAAAAAAGGAGAACUGGGCAUAUUGCUCGGAUCGCGAGAAAUGAAGAAGGGACCAUGAAGGAUAAAAUGAACACAAAUAUGGUAAAUGAUGUGAAAAAUGAUUUACUUAAAAUGGAUAGGUUGUCUAGUCAUAGUAGCAGUUCUGGAAGCGAAACGGAUGUGUUGGAUUGUAACUUCUCCACCUCCACUAUCGAUGAUUUAAAUGAAGAUGCGAACGCUUCAGAACGUAACUACUCAUCCUCUAGUUACAAGAAACAAAAGAAUUACAAAAAAAAAUGGAGGAGAAAAAUAUCGAUUGAAAACAUACCCAUUAAUGUAGAAGUGAUCAAAUGUCUGUACAAAUCCGUUACGGCAACAUACCUCCAUUAUAUGGUAAAAAUUAGGUGCAUUUAUUCUCUUUGCUUUAUUCACAAUAGGUACUUAUGUACUCAGAAGAUUAUUCAGAAUUUAUUUUUGGAUUAUUUGGAUGAGUUUUAUGGAAACGAUUUGAAUCAGAAGAGGUUCAUGCAUGCGUUUUAUGUUGCCAUGUCAUUGUUAAGGAACAAAAACAACCGGACGCCAAAAAUUAUCAUUUUUUUUUUCGCACAGAAAUGCGCCAACUUUGUCUACUCCCUUACUCUCAGUGACAAGUACCAUAUGGUGAGUGACGCGCAGGGGAGUAUUGCGGAACCCUCUCAAGGGGGUAUUGCGGCACCCUCGCAAGGGGGGCACCCUCAGGGUGCUUCUCCAAGCGGGGGUAAGACAAAUGGCAUAGGGAAAUGCCCUCAAAAGGGGCACCGCCAGGAAGAGCGUCAGGAGGAGCAUCCGGAAGAACUGCACGAAAACGCCAACGCGUCCAAAACCUCCUGCGGGACGUCCUUCCCGCUGAUAUUCCCACCCUCGAUGAAUGACCUCUGCAGAAGCUAUGACAGCGUCAGCCUCAAGCAAGGAGAAGCACAGAGGGGGUCCUACUCCGCAGUUAUGGACAAAGGAGGGCCCCUCGAAGGAGCCCAUAAUGAAGCCGAAAUGGACAUUGUAGUGGAGAGAAUUGCCGCCCUGACGCAGGAUCAGCAGGAAAUGUACCAAAACGACGGAGACCUCCCCCGACGCCGUACCACCCAUUCAUAUAAAAACGCGCAGCAAAAACGGACAAGAAAAAUUACGUACGAAAAGGAGCUCCUCAUUCAGAAGGAAGAGGAGGAGGACAUCAAGAUGGUGCUGGAAUGCCUCGGCAACAUAAGGUUCAAAGGUGAGCACCUCCCCCGAAGCGGCUACCCCGGCGGCAUUCCCAGCGGUAUCCCCAGUGGAGCACCAAACGGUACAACGAAAGACAACCCGAUGGGCAACAUGGAGUGCCUUUUUUCCGAGUACCUCUCGAAUGCUACAGAGAGUCAGCCCCCAAACAGAGCAGUCAACCAAGAUAACAAUUUCUGCAAAAAGAAAAGAAAAAAAAACUACCACACGUACGAUUUCUGCAACAUACACAUUUACAAUAAUGAGGAAAAAAAAUUGAAAAAUAAUUUCUUGAAAUUAAAAAAAACAAAAAAAGAAUAUGUACAGGAACUAAUAGACGUGAUAUUUCUGAUAUACCAGCUGAAAAAGCUAUCCCCCUUUUUGCCCAUUUCAGAUUGGGUCAUAAUCAUCCUCAUUAAAACAAUAGGUAGGAACAAACACAUCCUAGACGCGUUUAAACGGAAGAUGUACUUGGAGAACAAGGAUUAUUUCGAUUUCUGUAAUUGUUUACUAACUGAAUUUUCACCCAGAGGAAGUGGAUCCAACAUGAGUAACUUCAUUUCGGCGAGGAAUGCAAACUGGUUUCGUCUCGAAAUUGUACGAGCGAUUCUUCAUUUAAUUCUACAUGGGAGCAUCCGAUUGUUUCAGGUUUUUUAUCGUCACACUCUUGAGGAGGACUCUCACCAUGAGAAGGCUACCCAGGAAGGUCCUCCCAAAGGGACACCUGACUCGUUCACAAGUAGUUACAAAAAGGAAAAUUACUUCUUCGUAUCAAAUUACACAAACUACGUGGAGAGAAAAACCAUAUGCAGCCAUGUGCUAAACAUUUACAGCGCCUUUCAUUUCUGUCUCCAAGUCUUACACCUUUAUGAUGAUGCUCAGUUUGAAAUGCUCCUGUGGAGUAGUCUGUACAAUAUGCUGCUCAUAUGUCAACAGAAAUACCCCUUCUUCUUUUUACCCUUCUCGAAAAUGUUCUCGAAGUAUUUUAAAGACUACCAGAAGAGAAGCUACUCCUCCUUCGAGUUUUACUUUUUGCUAUACGGCUUGAGUGAUGUGAAUGCGUUCGAAAAGGAGAAUCACACGGAGGGGGCUAACUACCGCGGCGGUGCUGCUAAUUAUCGCGGCGAUGAUACUACUUACCGCCCCGGUGCUGCUAACUACCGCGCCGGUGCUGCUAAAGGGGACCCGUUUAAUCCCCCCCCCGAUGGACACUAUACAGCUAAGGCUCAAGCAGUAAACAGUUUGAGGCAAAAAAGCUUCUCCCACUUAAUCACGUCAAAAGGGACAACAGACGUUCAUAUCUACAAAUACAGCAUUGUCGGAUACAUAAAGCUAAUUACCAUUUUGAAAAACGUCAAACACACAAAUAAAUUGAAGAAGAAUUUCAUACAAACGAGUUUUAUAAAAUAUGUCGUCCGAUAUGUGCACUCCUUUUUGAGAUCAUUGAUUGUUUCUCUUUCUAACGAAAAUGUGAACUAUUUUAAGAAUGCUAUUCUUUUCGAGUUAAAAAAUAUUAUGGCUUUUUUGUUUGGCUACGGCAUUCCUCCCUGCUGCUCCAGCGAGUGGCCUCGUAUCUACCACCCGCACUACGACCAGUAAAUGAAGGAACUCGAACUGUUUGUGGACAGCCCAACUGUGUCUUUGCAAAAUUUUAACUUCGUCAAAGAAAACACGUGGCUCACGCUGAUCGGAGCCAAGCUACGGAACGACAUUUACAAAUUACCUAUGGACCUAAAAAGAGACAUACUGCUCCUGCUCAAAAACAUCCGUAUGGUCGACAUGUGCCUGGGGACCAACCACUACGAGCACAUCAACAAUAUCUUCACCGUUUGCUGGUUCAUCAUUGUGAAAAUAUUUCAGAAUUAUGAAAAGAGCAAGUGA